AAGCCUGAAUUAUACGCAGUAUUACCUGUGGAUUAUGGAUAAAAUAAUUAAAUUAACAAAUAAUCUACUCAGAAUACACGUGAAAUUGUGGCUGAUGCAAAUGGGGAAAGAGGAAUUUCCCUAGUUCUAUAAAAAGCUCAUCUCAACCAAAUAAAUAGAGGUGGGAAGCAGAAAGAAAUUCAUCUUCCUGACUGCCUGUCCAGAUCAUCCUCAUCAUAAUGGAGUUUUUAAACCUCUCAACGGAGCUGUUCAUCCUCCUGUCUGUGCGCUCCUGGCUGGUGAACGGCGUCACCUCCUCGUUGACCUACGAAGUGACCGACCCGAUCACCGGCACCUCUCUGCAGUGUGACAGCUGCCCGCCGGGAACAUUUCUGCGCGCCAGAUGCUCCUCCGUCAAAAAAAGCGAUUGCGCUCCGUGUCCAGAAGGCACCUUCACGGAGCUCUCGAACUACAUAGGGAGAUGUUUACGCUGCGGAAUCUGCGGGCGGAACCAGGUGGUGAAGAAGGAAUGCACCGCAACCAGCGACUGUCAGUGCGAGUGUAAACAGGGUUACUUCUACCGUCAGGACUACGACAUGUGCUUCAGACACAGAGAGUGUCCCUCUGGACAGGGAGUGAUCACCAAAGGUACACCAGAGAGAGACACAGUGUGCGGUAUCUGCUCUGUUGGCACCUUCUCUGAUAUUUCCUCCACUGAUCAAAACUGCACUCAGCACAAGAGCUGCAGCGACGCGGGGCUGCAGGUGGUGAUGAAAGGCGCCAUCUGGCAUGACAGCCUGUGUGCAAACUGCAGUAACCUCAAAGAUGGAGCUGAAUAUCUCAAAGAAAUUGUCCCCGCCUUUUUCAUUCAUCACAAAAUAAAAAUCAAACGGCUGCGUCGAGUGGUGAACAAGCUUCCAUCUGACAACAUCAGAAAGCAAGAAGGAACUUUGGAGCUCAGCUUCUCAGAGCUUCACUCCCGCAUCAGCAGCUGGGUUUCAUCUGCAACUCCGAUGCAGAUCCGGCAGCUUCCAGCCAUUCUGAUUAAACUGAGAGCGUCUCACGCAGGAGAAAAACUACAAAAGAAGCUGAAUGGAAUUGACAAAAAUCUAUUAAAGCUGUGCCAUUUAGGACAUGAUAGGGAGGUAGAUUUAAGUUCAAUUUUUGCUUAAUUUCUAUUUCUUUUUUUCUUUUUUUUUUCCUGCACACGGCCUUUCAAAUAUUUCACAGGCUGCUUUGUUAUGAUAAGAUUUGAUUGUUUUGUGUCAUACCAACAUGCUGUCUUACUUCUGUUUUUUCAGGCAUUGACACUUUAUGCCAAGUUAAAGAAAGAUGGGAGCUUUGAAUUUAGUUUUAGGAGGUAGAAUUUGCACUGAGGGCAUCUAAAAUAUGUUAAAGGGGCAGAAUUAUGUAAAGUCAAAAUUUUUGAGCUUUACAUCAUGUUGAAAUGUUCUUCCCUCAUUAGAACCAUACCUUUAAUCUCCGAAGCAACCAGUUGGGGCAAAAACGCCUGGGUAGACCGAGUGCCUCCAAGCAGGAGCAGGAGUUUCCAAGCUUUAGCGUCACAGAGCAGCCCUCCCUCACUGAGCUCCUUCAGACUAGCCAGCAGCAAUUAGCAAACACCUGGUGGAAUUGAGCAUCAGCUAAGGUCUUUAUAGGAGCUCACCUGGUUAUGGAACUUUGGUAAAAAUGUUGUUAAAGGGUUAAUAGAGGAGCACUGUUGUGAUGACUUCCUGAAGGCCUCAUUUCAAGGCAUUAAAUUAUGAUGUCAACAUUCCUUUAAGUCAUAUUUCAUCUAUGCAUCAUUUUAUAACAACAUAGUUACUUGAUUAUGCUAUAAAAUGGCACUAUGUGCCUAGAAAAUACAUAAUACUGCCCCUUCAAAUUCAUAAAGUGUAAAUGUUGAAAAGCUUCAGUCUACAUUUAUCUACCUCCCCUAUUUAUUUCUCCUGAAGUCAGAUUGAGCGUUUUUCACUUUUACUUACUGUAUUUCAAAAAUUGUAUUUUAAAAGUAUUACUUUGGUACAUAUUGUGCUGAAAUUGUCAAAAGAGAGAUAUUAAUUUAUUUGAAGAAAUAUGCUAAGUUUAUUUUAUUUUAUACACAUAGAAUUAUUGUUUUUUUUAAUGUGGAAUA